AUGUGCUCGAGGAAAUCUCGAUUUCUCGUUCAUACCUGCUCUAAGAAUCGAUAUGAGUUGAAGAUCGAAAUAGCUUCUGAGAAUAAGUUGGUUCUAUAUUCAAAACAAACUCCAGCUGACAAAGUGACAUUCGUAUUUGAAAAUUAUUCAGUCAGAUCUGAUUAUUUAUCUGCUGCAUUCAAACCGCACGUCAGAUACAUUCCUUAUCAUCGUCAAUCGGGAACGUUUUCAUUGGAAAAGGAGUUUAUUGAGUAUUUAAUGGGAACAUUUCGUUGUGUAAUUGAUGAAAUCGAGCUAUCCAGGUUGUACAAUCUUUCGAUAUAUUUUCGAGAUAUUAUUGAUUACUUCUCAUCACUACAACCAUCUGUUCGAGAAUUUUAUCUUGAGGGUCGUGUGAAAGAAGACGAUCUGAAUUAUUUUCUGAAUACUUCUACAAUAAGCGAAGCUCUACAACUGGAAAUAGUCACUGAUCACAAAUCUGGAACUGAUUUCUAUAUUGAUUUGUAUUCAAUCAUCUUAUGGGGUGGUGGUUGGAUGAAUCUAAAUCAUUUUCUCAAAAUGAACUUUACUGCAUGUUUUUACGAUGCUGAAAUCUCUUUAAUCACUCCAACUGAUUGGCUACUUCUAAUGAAUUCAUGGAUAAAUGGAUGGAAUCGAAGAAUGAAAAUGUUUCAAUUUCAAUCACGUGAAUUCGAUUUCGAACUCACUGAAACAAUGUUUGAACAAGUUCCAGGACAGAGGAUUGAUAAAAAUGUUGUAAGAUUUUAUGAAUCACCAGAUUUUAUUGAAGUUGGAGAAGUUUUGGAAAUUUAUGGAGGUUACGAUAUUCGACGAGCUGAAGAUGGAGUUGUUGCGACAGUUGUUAGGCAUCCGAUCUGUCCCGUUCGUUUUGUUUUUUUGGUCUGGAAUUGA